AUGAAGUUCACGUGGACGUUGUGCAGUUUGUUGCUGAUCAUCGUAUUCGUUGAUUCCAAUCCAAUAAUAAAAAGAGAAGCCGAUAACGAAAUCAACCCUUUGAACGAAGUAUAUGUAUUCGAAGCUGACGAGGAUCAAGGGGUUGACGAUGAAAGGGCUGACAGAGACAAGAGAAAAAUUGGUGUAGUUAAAUUAGGUGUAACCAAUGGCGUGAUCAACUUCGUUUUUGGUAAAUUAGAUGCAUUCUUAGAUGCAAAAACGAGAGCUUUGACUGUAUUGGAAGAUUCUAACAAAGCUAAAAAUGCAGCUUUUGGUAUAGACAAUACUCAAUCAGCAACAGGUCAAUUUAUUAGCAAUCUAAUAUCUCAGAAGAUUAAAGCUGGUACGGCAAGCAUUGGUCCAGUUAUAAACAGUGCCUCGACAUUUAUUAAUUCUGCUGGAAGUGGAUUGACGAGUGCAUUCGUUUCGAAAUUGGCACCACUCAGUUCUAUUGUCAGUGGUCUUAGUAGUUCAUCAGGAAGUUCGAGUGAUAGCAACUCCGGGGGUGGAUCCAACAACGGUGGUAGUGAUGGUGGUUCUUCUGGAUCAACAGGUUCCCAAUUAUUUGGUACCUUACUCUCAUCGAAAUUAGGAGCUCUUACUAGCUUAAGUGGAAGUAGCUCUGAUAGUAGUGGUGGUUCCGAUUCUUCUUCCAAUGGAGAUGGAAAUAGUUCUGGUGGAUCCGCUGGAGCAUCAGCUGGAAUUAAUCUUGGAGCAUUCGCAAAUCUGGCAGGGAAGGCUGAAACGACUACGACAACGGAGGAAAACAUCCCAAUAUUUGAUAGGCAAAGAGUAUCUUUGGAAAUACCAUCACCGGUAUUUGGUUCGGGAUUUACUUUGGUCACCAACAUAAGUUCGAUUCUCAACAGUGUCAUUCUCAAUUCAGCCCGUCGAACACAGACACUCUUAGAGAUUUUCAAGCCCUUCUUUCGAGGUAUCUUCGCUAUAAAGGGCUUACCAUCGGAUAAUCCAAAAUAA